AUGGCAUUCCCCAACUCCCCCCAACUUCAACGCUUCCACCAAGCCCAAGAGUCCGUCUUCGGCGACUUCACCACUAUCGACGACCCGAACCGCUGGACGCCGCCACCAUGGGCCGGAGGUCAUCGAGGACGAUACCUAUGGACGGACGCCUUCGGGGUGAUCAACUUCAUCACGUUGCAUCGCGAGUACGAACAGGCAAUGCGGUCGUCCAUCUCGGGGACCGCAUCAGCAGCGCCUGACGACAGAUACCUGAUCCUCGCGCGUCGACUCGUCGAGACGGUGCACUCGAUACUGGGACGCACACGCGACGGACAAGACCUCCUCCCCGGCGCGACGGAGGAGAAUCCCCUCGGGGGCGGACUCCGCAUCGGCAAGAAGGAAGCUACGGGACCAGACGGAGACGGCCAAUACCAUCACUAUCUAACACUGUGGAUGUUUGCGCUCAAUCGACUGUCGCUAGCGACGGGGGAUCCGAAAUACAACCGCCAGGCCGUGGCGCUGGCGCGAGCGAUCCAUGCACCAUUCUUCGUCAACAGACAUACGGGACGGCCGCGAAUGGUGUGGAAGAUGGCGAUGGAUCUGUCAAAGCCCUUGGUUGCUUCAGAGGGGAACCUGGAUCCCGUAGAUGGAUACGUAGUGUGUCGAUUGCUGCAGGCGGCGGCGAUGCAGAGCGGCGAGGGAGCAGUGCUGAAGGACGAAAUGGAGGAUUAUCGACGGGUGAUGCGUCGGAAGGGUGUGAAUUGGUUGUCGCGAGAUCCGCUGGAUUUAGGAAUGACGCUAUGGACGGUACAUUGGUUUGUUGAUCGGGAAUCAUGGGCGACUCAAUUGGCUGUGCAAUGUCUGGAUCGGAUUACCGAUCUCGUCGAAAUCGAGCGCUAUUUCGAGCGUAAUCGUUCCUCUCGUCUGGCAUUCCGCGAAUUUGGCACCUGUAUGGGCCUCAAAUGUAUCUCCGAGCAAUUGUCGGACAAGGAGGCGUCCGUCGAUUAUCGAUCACUAGCUGAUUCCAUCCUGCACGGCUGGGAGGCGUAUCUGGAGCAAUCUCUAAUGUCGGACGAUCUGCGGCCCAUCAACAAAGUUAUGUAUGCAUCGGCGGUACUUCCGGGAGGAACGGAACCUAUCCCCCGAGAGGAAUCGGAGGAGUAA